AUGUCGUCCUCCGAUGACCACCGUCUCCUCUCACUCAUUGGAUCCUCCUCCUCCGAUGAUAUCUUCACCUCCUUAUCCGACUACCUCCACCCUCUCACCUCCCGUAAACAAGACAAACUCCGAUCCCUCGCCAAAAAAUUCCUCCCAUUCCUCAACAAAUCAAUCUCCCUCUUCCCCAAACGCCUCUCGAAUCCCCAACCCCACGACUCCUCACCCGCCGGAGACCUCUUCUUCGCGUACGAGCUCUGCUUGGAUUGCUUGGAGUCCUUCUUCUCUCAAUUAGCCUGCAAGCCCCACACUCUCCAGCUUCAGAGAUCUCCAAACUUUCCUAACAUCCCACAAGAACAAGACCAAGUCGUCGUCCUCUCUUGUCUCCUCCGCAAAAUCGAUAACCUCGAGUCAUCUCUCAACAAGUUCGCAUCUUUCCACGACCACAAACGUCGUGACCGACACUUCUCCACAGUUAAAGACUCUGCAGCAAGAGUUAUCCAAACCCAUUUCCGAUCUUACCUUGUUUACAGAUCCAUCUUCUUCAGACAUCUCAAGGAGCUUGCGAUGAUCAAAUCUAGCUUCUUGUCUCUCAAGUCUUCGGUUUCAGGGAAACCCAUUUUCAGUUUUAAAGUUGUUUCUCUGAAAGCUACAGACUUUCUCCUUCAAUUGGAUUCUAUUCAGGGUAGGGUUGAUCCAAUGAUAAGGAGUAGUAAGAGAUCUUUGAGCAGAGAUUUGGUGAGGAUUCUGCAGUACGUUGAUGAUUGUGUUGUUAGAAGAAGAGGCUUAGGUCCAAGAAGAAGAAGGACCAACUUAGUGGCUGAGAAGAAGAAGUGUUGA